AUGGAGAGAAAAACUGAUGAAGGACGUGAAGAAGAAGAAAGUGGUGAGUUUUUUUUUUUAAUCAAUUUUUAAUUUCAAUAAAAUAAAAAUAAAAAAAGAAUGAUAAAAAAAAACAGAUGAAAUAAAAAGACUGAAGAGAAAACUGCAGGUUUGUUAUUCAGAGAAAUUUCAUCCUUCACUUAAAACGGAGGAAGAGUGGGGGGGGCAGGGUGAGAGGGGGGAGAGGGGGGGGAAGGGGGAGGAGGAGAAAGAAGGAGGGGGAGGAGGAGAAGGAGGGGGAGGAGAGGGCAAUCUGGUUUCCAAAUGAGUCUUGGUUCUUUUGGGACAAAUCCUCGACCCUCAGGAGGCGGGGUCAUCCCCGUUCGCUGUUGUUUUUAUUUUCUUUUUUUUGUUUCAUCGUCGAGCAGCAGGAGGAAAAAAAACAAUCAAUCCUCUUCAGUUUAUAAUCAAUCAAAAAUCAAUCCUCUCUGUUUGAAUAUUGAUCGAUGAUAAACUGAAGUUGAUCAGAUCUCACCUUUACCUGCUUCUGAUCAUGAACCUGAUCAAAUCUGAUCAAUAAUGACGUUUUAAUAAGGAGCAAAUAAACCUGAUAAUUUUAAAGAUCUCAGAUCAAUCAGGCCUCCUCCUCCUCUUUUAUUUUGAAAGGCUGAUUUUUUUUUUAUUAAAAGUUUUUAUUCCUUUAAAUAAACAUGAAUCUGUUUUCAUAAUAACAGUUUAAAUAAUAACAGUUUUAUUGAUAACAGUUUUAUUGAUAACAGUUUUAUUGAUAACAGUUUAAAUAAUAACAGUUUAUUGAUAACAGUUUUAAAAAGUUUUAUUGAUAACAGUUUUAUUGAUAACAGUUUUAUUGAUAACAGUUUUAAAAAGUUUUAUUGAUAACAGUUUUAUUGAUAACAGUUUUAUUGAUAACAGUUUUAUUGAUAACAGUUUUAAAAAGUUUUAUUGAUAACAGUUUUAUUGAUAACAGUUUAAAUAAUAACAGUUUUAUUGAUAACAGUUUUAUUGAUAACAGUUUAAAUAAUAACAGUUUUAUUGAUAACAGUUUUAUUGAUAACAGUUUAAAUAAUAACAGUUUUAUUGAUAACAGUUUCAUUGAUAACUCCACGGUCAGAGAAACUCUGUCGAUCGCAGAUUUCAGGAUUUAACUUCAGUCUGAAAAUCAAAAAUCUUCAUUUCUGUCGAAAAUUAAAACCUCUGAAUUUGUGACGAUGGUAAAAUAAAAGUUUAAAUACCUGAGAAAAAAAAAACUUCUUCUAUUUGAACAGAAUAAAUCAUGUUUGGACUGAUCGUUGAUACUGAUAUUAAUAUUGAUUAUUGAUCAUGAUCCAAUAAUGUAGUUAAAAAUAAUUAAAAAGAUUCAGAAACAAAAAAAUAAAACGUCUUUAUUUUUUCAAACGAGCCGCAGAGUCAAACCUCCUCAUCGUUACUGUGUGUGUGAAGUGUUUCCUAUUGUGUGUGUGUGAGAGAGACGGCGCCACACACACACACACACACACACACAUUUGCAUUUAAAUAGCGACAUCAACCAGCGUUCACGGCGGCACACCGGCGGGUUUCCCAGAUGUCACGGCAAAGUCAGAUGGGCCAGCUGUCACACACACACACACACACACACACACACACACACACACACACACACACACACACACACACAGCUGACUCGGUGAAAAACAUUCAUUCAGUUUAAACUACACAGAGUUUAAAUACAUACUCAGUGUGUGUGUGUGUGUGUGUGUGUGUGUGUGUGUGUGUGUGUGUGUGUGUGUGUGUGUGUGUGUUAAGAAUCAGCAGGAACACGAAUCGAACCUCAGACCUCGGCUGAUCCUCAUUAAACACCUGAUGACAUCACUCACCUGUGGUCCAUCAGCCAAUAGGAGUCGAGGAUGUGAGAGCGAGGGGCCUCGAACUUUGAGCGCCGAGUUUAACGAUUUCUCAGAGAGAAAACGGAUCAGUUUAAAAAUAAUCAAUAAAAAAGUUAAUCAAUCAAUUACAAAAAUAUAUAUAUAUUUUUUUUAAUCAACAGAAAUAUAAAAACAAUCAAUAAAAAAACAAAAUCAUUACAAACUGUCCAUGAAAAACCAAUCAAUCAGAAACCAAUAAAAACAAACAAUCAAUAAGAAACCGAUAAAAACAAACCAAUCAAUAAGAAACUAAUAAAAACAAACCAAUCAAUCAGAAACUAAUAAAAACAAACCAUUGAACUCAAAUCAAUAAAAAGAAAGAAGAGAAACAGCUGACUGAAAACCAAUAAUCAAUGGUCAUGGUCCGAUCAGUAAACUCAUUAUUCAUUAAAAUAAUUCAUUGAUCUGAAAAACAGCAUCAAGAAACCGAUCAGUGAUGAAAGAAGAAGAAUUGAUCCUGAUUGAUGAUCGACUCUGAAGGUCACCUGAUCGUUUAAUCCUGCUGACUCAGCAGAUCAAAGUGUUUUUCAUCAUCACAACAUCUGUGUGUGAUCAGGAACAGCUGAGAGCGCCGCCAUCGCCGCCAGUGCCAUGGUCGUCUGCACAGGUGAGUCUCUUUCAAACACACCUGGUGGACAGAGGGCGGAGCUUCGAGGGUCUGAAACACCUUCAGCUUUUCCUCCACGGUGGACGUGA